AUGUCGGCCUUCGCCGGCGGCGACGUCGUGCUCGGCGCGCCCUGCGCCGCCGGCGCCGGGUCCGCGGCCGUCGCCGAGCUGCUCUGGUUCACGUACCGCUGCGGCUUCGAGGAGCUGGCGCCCUACGGCUUCACGGACGACGCCGGCUGGGGCUGCAUGCUGCGCAGCGCCCAGAUGCUGCUGGGCAACGCGCUGACGAGAAACGGGGCGGCGCCGAGGCUGGCGACGGCGGCGCUCUUCGCGGACGCGCCCGGCGAUUCCGCGCCGUUCGGUUUGCACAACUUCGCAAAGUGCGGCCUCCGCUACGACGUGCUCCCGGGCGAGUGGUACGGCCCCGGCGUCGCCUGCCACGUGCUCCGGGACCUCGUCGACUGGCGCCGGAACGCGCCCGGCGGGCCGGCGCUGCGCGUGGCCGUCCGGACGCCCGAGAGCCCGCUGUCCGUCGAGGGCGCGUGCGACGCGAUGACUCAGGGCCGGCGCGACGCCGCGGCCGAGGACCCGGCGCCGGCGCCGGAGGAUUCCGCGCCCCUCGACGUCGACGGCGCGGACCCGCUGCUCCGGCCGCCGCCGGAGCUCGCGGCGCGCGAGCGGCGGCGGAGCGAGAGCGCCGCGGCGGCGGCCGCCGCGCGGCGCGGCCGCCUCGACGGCGCCUGGGACGGCGCGCUCCUCGUGCUGCUGCCCCUGCGCCUCGGGCUCGCGCGCCUCGAGCCGCGCUACGCGGAACCGCUCCGCGCGGCGCUCCGGCUGCCGCAGUCCGCGGGCAUGCUCGGCGGCCGGCCGCGCGCGAAUCGAAUCUUCAACACGACUUCAAUGUGCGCGUCAUCGGACCAGAAUCUUCAGCUGUGCUUCGAGAACUCGACGAGAGCCAUCGAUCCGUCCAAAAGCGGCCGGCCGCGCGCGGCGCUCUUCUUCCCGGGGCUCGCGGCGCGCGACGGCGGCGCCGACGUCUACGGCCUCGACCCGCACACGGUCCAGCCCGCGCUCGCCGUCGGCGACGACGGGGCGCUCGGGCCCGGCGCCGCGGCGUCCGUCGCUCCGCGCGACGCGAAGAAAUUAGCGGCGGACGCGCUCGACCCGAGCCUCGCGCUCGCGUUCUACUGCGCGGACCGCGACGACUUCCUCGACUUCGUCGGCCGCGCGCGCGCGCUGCCCGGCGCGCCGCUCUUCGAGGUCGUCGACGCCGCGCCGCGCCGCGGCGGCGCGUGCUUCGACGACGACGACGACGACGACGCGAGCGGCGGCGGCGGCGGCGACGACGAGGACGACUGGGAGGUCGUCUGA